UGGGUGGAGUGAAGUUUAGACUUUACUAUGACAAAUUAGCCAAGAAGAGGACUGGAACAUGGCUGAGUGAAACAUUACCACGACAAAACCCAUUCAGAAAACCCCAAAAUAGCAGAAUUCCCCGCUAAAAUACGCCUUUGAAGAACAGAACGAUGAAGGAUGUGAGUGAGGAGUCGUUGCUGGAUUAUUUCUUCUCUACCGGAGGAAACUCGGGAAGGGUCAAAAAUGCUGAUAUCCUGAAGACAUUUAAGCCUUAUAUUGGGCACAGUGACUUGCAGUUACGAGCUAAAUACAGAGAGGAAUUCAAACUCAUAAUCGACCGAAUCGCGUUGGUCAAGUCAGAGAAUGGUGAGAAGUACCUGAUCCUAAAGAAGAAGUACCGACAGCAGCUACAGGAGCGAGAGUCCAGAGCUCAGGGAGGAGACGGGAGUCCGGCCUCGUCCACUGACUCUGCCCCGGUCCACACGGCUCCAUGGGACAACCCCCAGACCCCACCCACCGCAACCGAGCAGACCAGCACCCGGGAAGAGCCCAUGGAGUGUGUGGAGCCAGAGGGUGCAGCCACAGAGAGCAAAGAGGAGCAAUUACAAGAGUCGGAGUCGGAGCAGGACGAGGAGUCGACCGGCAGCAUGGGCUCAGCGUCUGUGGCUCUGGACCCUGUGGAGAAGGAGUGGAUCUACUCUGCAGCCGGAGCCAGAGUCCCAGACCUGUCCCAUCUGCUCAGACAGGACCCCACGCUUGCCAACAAGAAGGACGUAGUUUCUGAAACGGCGUUGCAUUGGGCGGCCAAACACGGAAACAAAGACAUGGCGACUUUAGUGGCUGAAGCCGGCGCCGACGUCAACACAAAAUCAGUGAGUGGAUACACACCUUUGCACAUAGCGGCGUUACAUGGGCACCGCCACAUUCUAGACCUGCUGGUGGGGACCUACGGAGCUAAAGAAAACCUGAGGGACUACAGCGGCCAUCUUGCUCUCCACUAUCUGAACAUCAAGGAACCUGAAGUGUCGGAGGAGGAAUGCGACAUACAGUUCGCAGUGACCCAGGCCCGCGAGCGCCACCGGAACAGGAAGCUGGCCUCUCUGUUUUCCUCCAAGAAGAAGUGGGGCUCAGCGGAAGAGUUAGCUCCGAUCGAGGAGGAGCGACCUGGGCUUCAGCAGCUGCCUCUGCCCCCCUUCAGGCCUCGGAAGUUCUCGCGCUGAGACUACACUUACUGUACAUACAAGAACAUUGUUUUGAUAGGAUAAAAAUGAAAGCGUAAAAGCACUAAACAGAAAAACACAAAGGAACGCUACUCAAAAUUGCUCCGUUACCAAAACCACUCUGGCUUUCCUCAAAUGAAUUAGUUUCAAUUGUUACAUGAGCUAAAACAUUCAAAUACUUCAGAUAUUUUUGAAGCAAACUGUCGGUCGCCUGGCAAAUCCAGAAUGAUGUUUCGCUGUAUUUUUUAUGUAGGUUGAUAUCAGUCUGGUCCCCACUCCCUCCGUCAUGUCUCGAGCCCGAACCGAACAUGAUCGUCCAAUCAAAGAAACUCACUGGUUACCCAUCAUUUUGAACAAAAUCACAUUUCCCUCACCUAAAAAACUGAAAUUUGAGAUAUUUUUAGUUAUGUUUUUCCUUUCUUUUUUCCCCAUAAGCAGCCGUAUUUGUUUUGACAUGGACAGACCAUGCCUGUCCCUGAUUGGCUAAUCCACCUGUCAAACACGCCCAUCUAUACUCAGGGAGACUCAACAGUGAAGAAGUGUGUGUUCUGGAUCCCAGGCUACACCAUUGGAGACUAAAAACAUCUAAAAUAACUGGCUGUUUGAUUUUAAAAAAUGUGUUCCUUAAUUUUUUUAUUUUAUUUGAAAUGAUCAGUGUUCUCAAUUUUUCCAAUUUUUUUUUCCAAUUAUGGGAAUAGUGGACUGUUUACUUCCACUUUCACUUUGGAGGGCGUGUUACAUAAGCUUUACUCUGCUUAUAGCUUUUAUUAUUUAAAUUUACACUGCAGAAAUGAAAUAUCAGGCAUUAGGUUCAUUAGUCUGACUAGAAUUCAGAAUAUUGAUCUUGUGUCUAGCAUUCGGCUCCAGUCAAAUGAAGCUCAUGGAGGCGAGGCUUUGGGGCGAAUUUGGAGCCAAGUUCAGGCACAUAGCAACGCUGUCAAUCAAACCUGUUGCUAACACUAGCUCGAGCGACCUAAGAGAAAGAAGGCGCCUGAUUUGUCUGUUCUUAAAUGGACUAUAACCAUUUAUAUAUACAGUCUGUGGUAAAAACAUAUACUUUUCCUGUGCCAUAUUCAAAAUUCUCGCCUCAGUCAUACAGUGAAAACUACUCAGAUCAGUGUAUUCUGAAUUCAGAUCAUUUAAACUAAUCUUGAUCUUAUUUUUUGCAGCGUAUCUUUAGCCAUUUUAAAGAUUUCCAAAGCCAGGUUUAUGUUACUGUUUGAAUCUGUAAUAUUAUUUGUAAAAUCAAUUAUAAGCUUAUUGUACGAGGUAUGUUAACGUGACCACAGAGUCUUUAUUUAGACUUUUAGAUCAUUUUGUUACACGGAGCAAAAACAAGAUAUCUAUGUAAGUUCAAAUGACACAAUCUUUAUCUGGGACGUUUAUGCAGCUGUAUUCACUAAAGGGACCUACAGUUAUUAUAUGAUUCGUUUCAAUAUAUUUCUGACUGAUUUCAAUAUGUAAAGUUAAAUUAUUUACCACAAAAGUCAAACGAACUCAAACUCAUCAGAUCAAAUUCAUUGUAAGUUUUUCAAAUAUAUGUCUUCAUUUGCAGUGGAGCUCUCUUGUUUUUACAGAUGCACCGAUCCAGUGUUUUCAAUCCCCGAUACCGAUUUCGAUACUAUAGCUUCAAGUGUCUAUCCGAUACCAGACUGAAAACUGCAUUUAUUUCCUUUAAACGAAAAUAAAAUAAGACAAAACUGAUCCAGAUGUGUGAUGUAACUGUUCUGUGUCUCUCAGGUAACCACAGAAUAACUUUGAGUAAAAGUUCCAACAUUAUGAGACUUUUUGGAAAAACUACGUCCAGUGAAUAGUCCAAUCAGGAUAUCGGCUGAAUCGAUAUUUGGAAGCCGAUAUCGUAUCCAGCAAAUCUUUGAGUAUCGGUGGAUCGGUGCAUCUCUGUGUUUUAUUGGUCCUAAUUUGAAAGCCAUGUUGUUUUAAAUCUGUGACGAGUACUUUUACGACUCUCUGUAGAUUCCUGUUGUGAUUUCAGUCUUGCGUCGUUGACUUUAGGCUUUUGUCCUGUGGUUUAUGCUGCCUGUUGUUAGUCUCAGCUAAUUAGGCUCAUUGCAUUUGACCCGCCUCGAUAUAAACACCAUUACUGGUCUUUUCAGGUUUUUCUAUUGUGGUAAUUUGAUUGAAAGAAAGUGUAAUCUUUUGUUUACAUCACUAUACGAUUGUAAAGGAAACACUUGCCUUAUUAAGUAUUUGCACAGUAUUUAUUUAAUGAAGAUAUUUUGAUAUUAAAAUGUGUU